AUGUGCACAGAGAGGCAGGUGGGCCUUGUGGGGCCUGAAGGUCACUGUGGGGACUUCGGCUUUGACCCUGAGAUGGGAGUCUUCGGAGGGGGAGCGCAGGGAGCAGCCGCACCCAGAGCUGGGCAGCGGAGGCCAGCUUCGUUCCGGCCCCUAAGCUGCUCGGCGGGGGCGAGGGUGUUGUGUACAGCACGUCCCGAGGGGGAGGGGAAGCUGUGCAGCUUGAGAAAUCAGACCGUCCACACACAGAGGCCCAGAUGUGCCGGGAGACUCCAACUGCUGCUCGGCCUGACCUCCCAGGACAGGACAGUGGCGCACAGGGACCCUGGAGAUUCCCGCAGACUGACUCAGGAAGGGCAGCGAGCUCACCUCCGGCAGGAGGCUCUUCCUGGUCCUCUUUCCAGCAUCCUCAUAGCAUCACCUUCUCUCUUGCCAGCCACGCUCCUGUGCCUGCCGGGCCCCCGCUCCCCAGGUGUCUGUCCCCCACCCACAGACCCCUCAGCAGGAGCCGUGUGCCCUGCCCCCCACCCUAAGGGGUCCCCCCUCCAACAGUCACAGUGCUCACGGGAGCCCAGGAUUGUAGGGUCUGGAGGACCGUAUGGAGAUGGCGGUGAGAGCUUUGCUCUUGGAAGCUGGGCUGCCCUCUGUGAGCUGGAACUCUAUGACCGCGUGAUGCCAGAAAGACAGACGGAUACAAAGGACAUGUCGCUGAACAGCACGGUUGGAUGUGAUGAGGCCGUCUGCGAGGCGCGGUGGUCACUUGCUAGAAUCGUACGUUGUUUAUCUGUAUUCAUGUAAUAAAGUUCAGCAAAAUGCACUAAGCUGUAGACAA